CUUUAAAACCUCGUGGUCCAUCCCGUCCAUCCAUCUCGAUCUCCUUUCUCAGCAUCGCAACGCUCUCAACGCCUUUCCAACAAUCAACAUUCAAACAAUAGUCCUUGUCGACUACUAUCUCCCAAAACCUUCAAUGAACACCCCUGGAUCCUUCGGAAUUGUCGAUUACUCAUUCCCAAUGUGGUCCAAGAAGCACGUCGGUUCCUGGCUCGAUGCCUUCAAGCCCGGCCGCCGCUCCUCCACCUCUUCCUCCUCUACUGCUUCGUCAUCGGCCCCGUCCUCGCCUCGGUCCGCCACCUUCUCCUUGUCCUCGCGCAUUGGUUCCAACAGCCGAAGCGGCUCCUUGGCCUCUAUAACGUCAAUGGGCACCAUGGAGGAGCAGGAGUCUCUCAUGGGCGACCAGCCGAAGCGGGCCGCUUAUGUGCCUCGCCACGCGGCCAAGUCGUAUAUGAAGACGACUACCUCCAAGGAGAUUCGCAAGCAAAGCGAGAUCAUGUGAAGAGCUCAGCUUUGAUACUCAAUCAUUUCAAAAACAAAACACCAAAAACUACAACACUCGAUACCCGGAAAGUCACCAUUCUUCGACUCAGCCUGCUCCAAGAGGCACCAAAUAGUCAGACUAUGACGACCAAAGAAGAGUCCAUUGAGAUGGCAGACUACACCACCUGACUAC